GCCACGUCUCUCCGAGAUGGGCGGCAUGGGCCCCACGCAUUCGUUCAGCCUGCAUCGAGCCGGCGUUGCAAUGCCCCACGCGGAAUGGAGGCUCCGCCAUUCCCAAUGAGCCGACCUUGUCCGCUCCGGGCCCCGGCAGGUACUGAGAUCGCCAAGUCAACCUCCAUUUCUCUGAUCCCAGUUCAAACUCGUCCUUUUUCCCACACUUGGCGGAAUCACCGCCAUGCACGGCGGAAAACGAAAUGUUCCGCCUUAAAAAUCCUCUCUCUCUGCAUCGCCAUUUCCUCACUCUUCUUCCUCUGUUUCGUUUCAAAUGGCGCGGGGACUUCCUUGUCCACUCCCUGGCAAGGUAAUCCUCUUCUACCUUCAGUUCAAUCUUUUAUUCACUCUGUUCGGAUUGGCAGGUUUAGGUAUUGAGUGAUUGGUGUCAUCCUAAGGCGGAGCUUGUUUUGGAAUGGUUUGCCAAUACCGAGGGCACUGAGGAAACAAGGGUUGCAUGAUAAAUUUUCAAGUUCUUGUGCGUUUGGUUGAUCUGUAGCCAUAGAUAAGAGUUUUGUCUCUGAAAGUGAAGUUUGUUUUGGAGACCGUGUCUUUAAAUGGAGGAUACGGAUGAAACUGGUGUUUCCCCUUGUUUGUUCCUUGAACAUCAGAAACGAACGAGCAUUUCAAAUUUAAAUUUGGGGCAGUUUGGUCCUAGUCAGCAGAAAUCACAGUGUGCGAAUCCUCACAACAGUACUAGUAUACCUUCGUCUUCUUAUUUGCAAAUUGCAAAGUCCCAGCCGGAUUCUCCGCAACAGCCCAUUAAUGAAAAUUGUAAACUGGGAACUCCAAAUUCCAUAUCUUCAUCUGAGCCAUCAUUUUUGUCGAUGAGUUGCUUACCUCCAUUAAGUCGGUUUCCUCAUUACGAGCCAUUGUCCAGCCCGAAUGCUAUUCCAGCAGAUGUGUCCACUCGUAAAGGUCACCGAAGAUCUAGCAGUGACGUUCCAUUAGCAUUCUCAGCUAUGAUUCAAUCUUCGCCACAGUUAAUACCCAUAAGUGGAAAGAGAGCUUUGGGAGGGUCUGAGAGAGAUAAUUUGGUAGGGGACAAGCAGAUUUGGUCAGUGAAACAAGAAUUGGAUUUUGAUGAGGAUCGGAGGGACAAUGGACAAGGAACGGGUGAGAGGAAAUCAGAGGGAAAAGUUGUUAAUGGAUCAUUUGUUACAUUCAUGAAUUUGGACAACUUUGAUCUGUCUCACCCUUCUGCGACAGAGGAUAAGGAUAUGGAUGGCAGGACUAGUGGCACAAAACCACAUGGUGGUGAGAGCAGUGACAAUGAAGUGGAGAGCAACAUGAAAAGAAAUCCUGGAACAGGAGUCAGUUUUUCAACUGAGAAGAGGGAAGUAAUCAAAAGCAUCGCUGGUGAAGAAAUUUCUCCCACUGUCCGUCAUUUUAGAAGCUUUUCAAUGGGUGGUUUUGUGGGAAAUUUCAAUCUUGACGAUGAGGCAACGAGGUUACCCCCUUUGCUAGGAACUCAGGCUGCUCAACAUUCGCCUAGCAAUUCAAUUGAUGGGAAUUUAAGAAAGUUCGGAUUGGAAUUUAGGAAUGGUGAAUUCACUAGCGCUGCUCAACAUUCGCCUAGCAAUUCAAUUGAUGGGAAUUUAAGAAAGUUCGGAUUGGAAUUUAGGAAUGGUGAAUUCACUAGCGCUGAGCUGCAAAAGAUCAUGGCGAAUGAAAAACUUGCUGAGAUUGCAUUAUCUGACCCAAAACGCGCUAAAAGGAUAUUGGCUAAUCGUCAAUCAGCUGCACGGUCCAAGGAGAGGAAGAUGCAUUAUAUCUCAGAGUUGGAACAUAAGGUGCAAACUCUGCAAACGGAAGCUACCUCAUUGUCAACACAGCUAGCGCUUUUACAGAGAGAGUCUACUGCCCUGUCAAGUCAGAACAAUGAGUUGAAAUUCCGCAUUGAAACAAUGGAACAACAGGCACAGCUCAAAGAUGCUCUCAGUGAAGCACUGACAGCAGAAGUCCAUCGCUUGAAGCUUGCGACUGCAGGGCACAGGGGGGCAAGUUAGACCCUUAAACAGCACAGCUCAGCAAAACUCAAUGAAUCUUCAAAUGUUUUCCGCACAAAAUUAGGAACCAACUUAGCGCAAAUUGUGUCUGCUGCAGCAGCCAAAGUUGACUGUGUGCAAGCCCAGCAGUACUGCAAAAGUUGCUGCAUCCCCUUGAAGCAAUAUGAGUUCAAACAACAGGUUGGCCAAAUAAACCAUUGGCCCUUUGUUGAUUCACAUUCCGAAGUGUUAAUUUGCUAGGGAGGCAUUUCUAUGUAUUUCAUUCAUUCAAUUAUAUCAUUGUUUAAUGUGUUGGCAAAUAACUAGUUUUAAUAAAGCUGAAGCUCU